AUGAACCAUGAAGGAGGCCAAAGUGGACAAGUUAAUUCCGACAAUGAUAACAUUGAAAACGGAGCCCAUCCUCAUCUAUCAAUUGAAAUAGUGCAGAGACUAUUUCCUUCUUCACGUCCCCUCAUUGUGGAAAGUGAUGACGGUUGCCCAGAUAUGCUCUCUAGGCUUGAUAUGAAUCUCCCUCCUCCGAGUGACAAUAUUGUUCCAAACAACGGUUACAAUAUGCUCUCUAGGCUUGAUAUGAAUCUCCCUCCUCCGAGUGACAAUAUUGUUCCAAACAACGGUUACAACUCCGGUGUUGCUCUUCAUGAAUCUGUUAAUAGAGCAUUGGAAUUGAGCAUUGCUCCUCCAAGUUCCCUUACUACGCCAAUAAGUUGGCUUUCUGGAUCAAAUGUUCCUCAGUAUCAAGAUAAUGAAGGGAAUAAUCCUCCCAUCAAUCUUGAAUUGUCAUUGAGCAUAACCCAACCUCCAAGUGGAACACAAAAUCAAGGUGCAAGGACAUCAUAUGCUUCGAAUGUAACUCACAAUGUUGCUCCAGGGUCUGUAGUAGAAGAACAAGGCAUGCGUAGUGGCAUCUCAACAACCACUACACUUCUACCAUCCAAGAGAACAUUCAAUGAUCUUUCUUCUGGAGAAUUUUUUGUAGGUGAAAGUUCAAGAAUGGGUGCAGAAGCUGCAUUAUCCAAACGACACACUUCUACUUCUCACCCCAUUGCCAGCAACGACAUGAACACAUCAUUUCUAAAUCUUGGGAUGUCACUGCAACCCUUUAGUGAAGCUGCACAAACUCAAACCAUUCCAAGUUAUGUUAAUCCACAGAACAUAGAAACUAAUACUCCUCCACAAUCUUCUGUGGGUGCUAAUAUACAUUCAAACAGUUACACAACAGGUAUACAACCUCCAUUGUCUGGCCAAACAACUAUGUUAAUCGAAACCCAUAAUGCUCCUUUAUCUAAUCACUCAGGAACUGUUGCAAAUAGUUCAUCACAGCGUGGAGUUGCUACUAAUUUUCACCGAGUUGAGGGUGUUUACCCUACUUUUGAGUCCAUGAGUGACGCAGGUCGAGGAAUGAGCCCCCCUUAUGUUCCAACUGGAACUGAAGUUAUGGCGCCAUUAUAUGGUCAAAGAAACAUUCAAGAAAGCAGCAUGGUUAGCUCUCCUGUUGGAACGACACCUCAACCUGGAAACUUGCCUGUUAGUGGAGCUGCAAGUCAAAGAAACAUUCAAGAAAGCAGCAUGGUUAGCUCUCCUGUUGGAACGACACCUCAACCUGGAAACUUGCCUGUUAGUGGAGCUGCAAGUCAAAGAAACAUUCAAGAAAGCAGCAUGGUUAGCUCUCCUGUUGGAACGACACCUCAACCUGGAAACUUGCCUGUUAGUGGAGCUGCAACCUUGGUUGGGAAUAUUCCCAACCUUUCUCAACAAACUGGUUCUUUGAACACUGCAGGUAAUAAUGUUAAUUUUACAAAUGCUCCUCCAAGGCUCCCUCAACAGUCAAAUCCGAAUGAAUCCAUGCAAAUACCAUCAAGAGCUGUGAAUCCUCCUAUGCGUAGAGUUCGUUCUCGUACCCGACCACUUGUUCAUCCUUGGCGAAGUCGAAGAUAUAAUGCACCAUCAUCUUCAAGCUCUUCAGAAAGCUCAGAAGAAUUGAACCCUACAACAGAAAUCAAUUCUGGAACUGAGAAUGAACAAAAUUCAGGGGCAUCAACUGCAAUUCAAUCUGGUAGCGUUGUUGGAGCCAUUAUUCCAGUACUAAGAGCUACUACUGAUUCAAGAAGAAUGCUUGCGUCUCGGGUCUGCUCUAUCAUGGAUCAUCUACGCACGGGUCGCACUAUAGUGUUUGAGGGAACGAUGGUCCUUGACUAUUCAGUUAUGAUAGAUUCAAUGGAGCCGCAGAGGAACAUACCGAGGAGAAACAAUGUCGGAACCAAUGGACUGACUGUCGAAGAGAUCAUGUUGCACCUUAGGCGUGAAAAUUUCAACUUUGUUGGUGAACCGACUCCAGAAAAUAAAGAAUCAUGUUGCAUUUGUCAGGAGGAGUUUGUUGACGGAGAACAAGUUGGGCGGCUAGAUUGUGUGCAUAGGUUUCAUGUUGAAUGCAUCAAAGAAUGGCUCAUGCACAAGAACGUUUGCCCGAUCUGUAAACGAACAGCAUUAGCUAUGGAUGCACCUAAAGAUGAAGUUCCAGGAAAUCAAGGUCAAGAAAAUGCGAAUGAAAAUGCUGGUGAUUAG